GGGAUGGAGGUGUCGGGGAUCUCGGCGCCCACAGUGACCGUUUUCAUCAGCAGCUCCCUCAACACCUUCAGCACAGAGAGGCGGUACAGUCGCAGCCUCACCAUCGCGGAGUUGAAGUGUAAACUGCAGCUGGUGGUGGGCAGCCCCGCUUCCUGCAUGGAGCUGGAGCUGUAUGGAGGCGAUGACAAGUUAUACGGCAAGUUAGAUCGAGAGGAUGCACUGCUGGGCUCCUACCCCGUCGACGAUGGCUGCCGCAUCCACGUCAUUGACCACAGUGGUGCCAGCCUUGGGGAAUAUGAGGACGUGUCCAAGGUAGAGAAAUACAGGAUGUCACAGGAAGCUUACGACCAGAGGCAAGACUCCAUCCGCUCCUUCAUGAAGCGCAGCAAGCUGGGCCGCUACAACGAGGAGGAGCUCGCGCAGCAGAAGGCUGAGGCCGCCCAGCAGCUCGCCCAGCAAAAGGAGCAAGCAGACGCCAUUACCGUGGGCAGCCGCUGCGAGGUGCGCGCCACUGGACAGGCCCCACGCCGCGGCACCGUCAUGUAUGUAGGCCUCACAGAUUUCAAGCCUGGCUACUGGGUUGGCGUCCGCUACGACGAGCCGCUAGGGAAGAACGAUGGCAGUGUGGAUGGGAAACGCUACUUCGAGUGCCAGGACAAGUAUGGUGCCUUUGUCAAGCCAUCAAUUGUGACAGUGGGGGACUUCCCAGAGGAGGACUACGGAUUGGACGAGAUGUGAUGCCCCCAGAAAGGCCAACUCCAGCUCCCAACUCGCCACCCGCUGCCCCUCCCUGUGUGUGUGCCCAACGCCUUUC